AUGUCUCUAGAUAGUGAAUAUUUAAAUUUUUAUGAAUGGAUAAAAAAGAAUGGUGGUAAAAUUCAUGAACAUGUAAAAAUUGAUACGAAAGAAGAACGUGGACUUUUUACAACAGAUUCUAUUGAAUCUCAUACUGCUCUUGCUAUUGUUCCAUGGUCAUUAGUAGUUAAUAUUCAACAUCCUGAUUUAUCUACUAUAAAUACAGAUACAGAACGACAAGCAUUAAUUAUUUUUCUAUUACGUGAAUAUAAUAAAGAAAAGGAAUCUUCGUGGUAUCCUUGGUUAAAACUUUUAAAUAUUGAAAAAGAAGCAGAUGAAUUAUUAAAGAUUAAAAUGCAUCUAUUCAAUUGUGUAGAACAUAGUACAUUAGGUCAAGCAUUAUCAGAUCGAUAUCAACAAUUACAAGAAGAAUAUGAAUAUUUACAUCAAGCUGGUACUAUUGAAACUAGUUUUGAAUUAUUUUGUGCCAUUGAUCAUCUUAUUUGGUCACGAGUUCUUGAUUUACCAGAAAAUGAACCACUUUCAUUGGUACCAUUCAUUGAUUUUGCUAAUCAUAGUUUAAAUGCAAAUGCACGUUGGUUUAUUGAUGAUGAUACACAUAAUAUAAUUCUUCGAUCUGAACGAACAUUAAAUUCAAAUGAAGAAAUAACUAUUUGCUAUGGAUCAAAAUCGAAUGAAGAAUUGUUAUAUCUCUAUGGUUUUGCUUUAUCAAUAAAUUCUAAUGAUCGUGUUACAAUACCUGUUAGUUUAAAACCUGAUGAUAUAUUACUUGAAGAUAAACUUCAAUUAAUUCAACAAUUAAAUUUACCACCUCGAUUAACUUUAGAUAUGAAUGGUAAUCUUAGUAAUGAAUCAAAUCAAUUAGUAAAAAUUCUAUCUGCACAAACACAAGCAACAAUUAAUCAACAAAAUGAACAUUAUACACCAUAUCUUCUAAAUUUAUUUAAUGAAUAUCUCAACAAAUUAAAUCUAUGUCCUGAUAAUGAUGAAACAUUUACUAAAUAUUAUUUAGAUAGUCAAAAAUUAAUCAUUCAAAAAGCGAUAGACAAUUUAAAAUAA